CACGGCAACAGUCACAAGGGGAAAAUUCUCCCCGCACACGACCAUGCACCCGGUGCACGUAAGGCCAAAUGAGUAGGACCCACCGCUUUGCUCCUGGCCUCACCGCAACCGGGCGCGUGCACUUUCUCCAGGCGCCUCCUCUGUGAACUGCUUCAUCUUCAAUGCAUUUCCCAUCUCCUGGCCGAGACGACGAAGAAGAUGAGAAGAUCCCGUCAGAUUGUUUCCGCCAUGGAUUGAGGAACCGCCCGAGCUUUCCAUAGGGAGAGAAGAUUGAAUAUUCGAUGCGUUUCUGUUUCUCAUAGUAACCGAUCGUUUCGCGUUUCGGACUUGGACUGCUGCUUCUAGAGGACGAUCUGAUCGGACACGUUGACCUGUGGCGGAGUCGGAGAUCUUGUCCUGCCUUCUGUUUGUGCUCUGGUUUUUUCGGAGAAGCGGAUAGUAGAGAUGGGGUUUACUUCGGGAAUCGUCAUGGGGGCGAUCUUUGGGGUGGCGGUGAUGUUCGGAUGGAGUUACAUGAUGAGCUAUCGCAGGACCAAGCGUGUCGCUAAGGCAAUGGUUAUCAAACAACUGGCAUCCCUUAACCGAGAUGAUCUAAGGAAAAUUUGUGGUGAUAGCUUUCCUGACUGGAUAUCAUUUCCCGUAUAUGAACAGGCGAAAUGGAUGAACAAGCAACUGAGCAAACUGUGGCCAUUUGUUGCAGAUGCGGCAACAAUGGUAAUAAAAGAAUCUGUUGAACCAUUAUUGGAAGAGUAUCGACCUCCAGGGAUUACUUCACUGAAGUUUAGCAAGUUGUCGCUUGGAACUGUGGCACCAAAGAUUGAAGGUAUUCGUGUUCAAAGUCACAAAAAGGGUCAGGUCAUAAUGGAUAUUGACUUCCGAUGGGGGGGCAACCCCAGUAUUGUACUAGGAGUUAAAGCUGCAGUUGUUGCUAACCUGCCAAUUCAAGUAAGGGUUUGCAGUUCAAAUAUUAGAUAUGUAAAAACUAUACAGGGCCUUAAGAGGCACUGCUUACCUCAUUUUAGGAUGGUGGCCGCUAGCUAGGUCACUGAAUCUUGUGUCCUCAUCGAUAGACACCAUCCCAGGACAAGGUCGCCAACAACCUCUGCUAAGGGUGUAAUGGCUGCUAACGAAGCCUCCACUAUAGAGUUUUGAUUUCCCUUUUUUUUUUCUUUUUUUUUUUUACGAUUUUCCCUCUAUUAAGAGUGGUGGUCUUGUUAGUGGUCACCACCCUCAUAGGUAAAGUUAUCAGUGCCUCUUGAAGUGAUCAAUGACCUUAGUCGAGGAGUGGUGGCUAUUAGCGAGAGCCCCAUCCUUGAGAGUCGGGAUCCUAAGUUACAGUCCCAAUUCUCGAGGUUAGGGGACUCACUAGCGGUCCCCACAACCCCGACUUGUUGGGAAGAUCCCUUCUAUAUGGAGGAGAGAAAGCACAUAAAUUCGGGUUGUUGGUAUUAACAUGUAAUAUAGAUUAAUAGAGAUAUUAGUUGUUGUUUGGAUUCAAAUCAGAUGGGAGAAAGCCCGAUAUAUUUUGGGCCGGGCCAA